CUGGCGUUCACUCCUUCUAGGGAUAGUAUAUUCUCAACAAUGCAUAGCAAGGUGAAGAGAUUAACAUCCACAGCUUCAGGGGUCUCAGCAGUUUCAGGGUUCAGUGACGAUUUUCAGGAUGAUGACAACGAUGAAAGUAGAAUGAUGAAUGCUGAGGGCAGGCCUGAAUAUAGAGAGUACGGUUCUAUAUCCUUUUCCGUGUACUGGGGAUACCUGAGAGCUGGUGGUCUUAAUCUUCUAGGAUUUUUUGUUGUUCUGAGCAUUCUACUUCACAGUGUAAAGGUUUAUCUAGACUAUCUUCUCAGGGAUGCUGUUGUGGAAAAUAUUUCAUUUGAAUCUGCUCUCUACACAUUCAGAAUAUAUGGAGGACUUUCAUUCAUAGUAAUUUUACUUACAUACUGCUCAAACCUACUUGGACAAUGGAUAGGUGCCGGUGCAAGAAAGAAUCUUCAUGAACGAAUGAUAAAUAAUCUGUUUAACUGCUCUAUUGAUUUGUUUGAUGCUUUUCCAAUAGGUAGAAUACUGAACCGAUUAUCCUGUGAUAUGUUUGUUAUUGACCAAAAACUUCCAAGCUGUCUGCAAAGAUUAGUGCUGGUUAGUUUAAUCUGUGCAGCAGCUUUACUUGUCAACUGUAUUCAGAAUCCAGUUUUCCUCAUCUUUUGUCUACCAAUGCUAGUUUUCUACUGGUGGAUUCAACAUUUCUACAGAUGUUCAAGUAGAGAACUCCAGAGAAUAGAAAGUAUCAGUAAUGCUCCAAUCUUCUCUCACAUAUCAGAUACGCUCGCAGGUUUAGUAACAAUCAGGUCUUUCCGUGUUGCGCCCCAGUUUAUAAAUGAAUUGUGUGAAAAAAUAGAUUCACAUUCUGCCGCUUCUCUCAUACAUCAGAGUGGAUGCAGAUGGUUGGGAUUGACUCUGGAUCUGACUGGAGCUAUGAUUGUAUUUAUUUCUAUCUUUAUCUCCGCAAUAUUAUCCACAGGCUCUAAAGACCCUGGUAUAUCUGCCUCCUUGGGAUUAAGUAUGAGCUACAUUAUGCUGGUUCCUAUCUACCUAGCCUGGGUUAUCAAGUUUGUAGCGGAUAUAGAGAACUACAUGAAUGCUGUUGACAGAGUACUGGACUAUAUCAAAAUUGAUAAAGAGAAGGAUAUAGAGACAGUAUCUAUAAAUCAAUCAAUUUGUGAAACACAUUUAGUGCCUCAACAAAAUAAAGAUCAAGUGUUCAAGUCUAGUCGAAUACAGUUUGAGAAUGUGUACCUUGGCUACCACCUGGAGACUAGAACAGUAGUUCCUAACCUAAACCUUUGCAUACCUCAAGGACAAAAGAUUGCUCUGUGCGGCAGAAGUGGAAGCGGAAAGUCUACCAUAGCAAUGGCAUUAGCAAGAAUGGCGCAAACAAUUCAGGGUAAUAUUACUAUAGACGGAAUCUCAAUCCACUCAGUUCCCCUUAAAACAGUUAGAGAGUUUGUUUGUGUUGUACACCAGGAAGCUGCAGUUUUCUCUGGUACUAUCAGGUCUAAUCUUGAUCCAGAAGAACGAUUCACUGACAGUGAGAUGUGGUUAGAGCUUGAAAAGUUGGGACUAAAGAACUCUAUUCUACUUCUGGAGCAUAACCUAGAUUCAACUGUAAACGAAGGAGGUAAUAACCUUUCACAGGGGCUGCGACAACAAAUUUGCAUUGCACGCUGCUAUCUUAGGAAACCGAAAUUGCUAAUUCUCGAUGAAGCAACAAGCAGUGUUGAUGUUUCCUUAGAAAACACUAUAUACAGGAAUCUUUUAGAAAAUUUGCCAAACUGUACAAUCAUCACAAUAGUUCAUAGGCUGGUCAAUAUUCUGCAGUACGAUAGAGUUAUUGUUUUAGGAGAAGGGAGGAUACAGGAGGAUGGGUGUCCUAGGGUCUUAUUAGGGAAACCUAUGGGAUUCUUCUCGGCUCUAUGGAGGAAGGAAAACGGAAGUAGAGAGCUCCGGACAGUGGCAGAGAAGUAGCAAAUUAUUUAAUUUCAAGAAAUAUGAAAAUAAAAAUGUCCCUAAAUAUAUAAAUAUAAUCUGUAACAAUUAACAAUUAUCUAUCAUUUUUAUAAAUUAUUUACGACAUCAAUGACGAUAAUGAUGCUUUUGAAUAAAUGUUAAUUAUUAAAUUGGGAUUAAUGUAAAAGCAUUGUCGUGUCUAAAAAUAAAAAUUAACAAUACUGAGGUUUUAA